GUGAGUUGUUUGGAGUGCAAUUGCGACUGGGAUCCGGAUGAUGUGCAGUGGUUAGAUGACGUCGAACAAAUGCGUGCUGUGCCUUCGGUGACACAGUUUGUAGGAUUGUCCACCAGUCUGUGGACACACUACAUGGUGAUUUGGCUGUAUUUAAUGGUGCUUACAAGUGAUUACACGUGUUUUGCAAGGUCAUCCGCGUUGUCAGAGCACAAUAAAUUCAACGCCAUUCAAGAAAUCGGUGAUGAGGACAGCCAUAUUAGUUACGGUGACAACAAUAACGACAACCGCGACUCAUUCCACACUUCAAGUUCCGUGCAAACAUCAUCAGAAAGCUCCACGAAUAAUAUUUUGCUAGACUUUGGUGUUAUUCCGUUGAUUGGUGUUACGUCAAAACAAGAUUUAUUGGCUGUUUCAACCACAGAUACGAUCACUGUAUUUCAAUUAAGCCAUGAUUCAGUGGCAUUAAAGAAUGUUUCAUUACGAAAUGCAUUUAAUUCACAGCAGCUUUAUCGUAUACAAUUGAAACCACCGUGUGAUUUUGACUUAGUUGAAUUCAAAUUCUUGAAUCAAUCUUCAAUCUUCAUAUGUGAUGCAGUCUUAUGUAGGCGAGUUUUUGUCCAAAACAUUUUUCUUAUUUUGGGAUACGAUGCAAUUGCUUUACGUUAUGUGAACGCUAACGGCGAAGCAGCUAUUCUCAAAUAUGACAUUCUCACAAAUACUUCACAAAAGCCAAUCAGUCCGUCACAAUACGCCAAUGAUAUUUCGAUUAUAAACAAUCAGCGAACAGUGACUGCAUUCAAUCGCAAUGGAUUCUCGUACUUUGUUGGUAGUGCAAACCGACCAUACGAGCCACUGAUAAAUUCGAAGAUCAACGAAGAAGCUGAACUCACUUCGGUACAACUAACACGAAUCUGUGACCGAGACGCAACAGAGAAUCUCGAAUCUCGCAUUGACCUCGCACUUGGAUGCCCUCAUAUAGCAUUAAAUGGGAAUGCUCUCGCGAGUGCAGCCGAAUAUGACGAAGUUUCGGAUCGGUUAACGGUCGUAUUCCACUCAUUAACAACAGCUCAUGGUCAUGACUCAUUAUCGUCGUCUGAAUCAUCAGAUAGUAUAUGCACAUACAAUAUGGCUGAUAUCAAUCAGAAAUUUGAGAAGAUUUGGAAUGACUGUCAAAAUACAACAAUCAGCGCAUCGCAGGAUGAUUGCUAUUCGGCGUUAGAUGUUAAAAGUUUGCCGAAUCAUUGCUUCAUUUUCACAAGACUGGCUGAUGGACAUGCAAUGACACCAUGUUCAAGAUUCGGUGGUAACCAUCAGUCGCCAAGGGCGCAAAAUUGUGAUCUACAUAAGCUAACGUCGUUAGCAUAUCGUUACGAGAACAGUCCAAUUCCGAAAUCAUCUCAUUUUCGCUCUAUUUUUCGGUUACCAAGCGACUCGGCUGAGAUACUCUCAUUGGGACACGUUCAAGGUGAUAAUGCCAUAUUUACGCUUGAUGCUAACGGCCGACUACAUCGAAUAGGUCACGAUCUGCCGACAAAAACAAACACACAUCUUUGGUCAAGAUACUUGUUAUCACAAUGGAGGCGAUUCGCAUUCGUAGCCGACUCAAAACGCAAUAAAAUUUAUUACAUUGAAAAUAAUCAAAUAAAAUAUGUUGAAGUGAGUUGUACGGGUUUGUAUCAGAAUUGUGAUGCACUUGAAAGAAGCAAAUGGUCAGAUCCGUUGGGUUGUCUUUGGUGUGCGAAAUCCAAUGAAUCCGGCAAAACGAUUGCACGGACCGAUCGUUGUACAGAUAUUAGCAUCACAGACAUUUGUCCACCGUAUAUAAAACACGUCAAUCUCUCGCCCGAAUCACCGCAUUCCACUGUUGUCGAGUUAUACGGUGAUAAAUUCGAUAGAUUGCAAGGAAUGUCAGUGAGCGUUUGUAAUCGUUCAUGCCCAGUCAAGAUGGUCGAACAUAACAGAGUGUCGUGUUUGCUGUCGAAAAAAUUCGAGGACACUUCCAGUUGUGUGAUUAAUGCAGAAGGAGAGCUUGGUAAGCAUGGACCAUUCGCCUUGGAAUAUAAUCACACACGCCAACGAUUGAGAAGGAAACAGGCAGAUGCGGCAAGUUUACAGAUUCCAUUCGAUACUAUGAAUGGAAGUAUAACCGGACACUUUUUAGCAUCUUCCGCAGAUUGCAAUGCAUAUAUUGGACAUAACGGAAACGGCUAUCUUCCAAGGCGAUUCAAUCCAUACGAACAACUUUUCUCGGAAAUUGAUCCAAAACUUAAAGUUCCUCUGAAUGAUUUGAUUAUUGGUGAUGAGAUUGGCAAAGAUGAGACUGAAACGUGGAAUAUUUAUCAUGAUACUAAUUUGAGUGAUUCAUGGUUUGAAUAUGAUAAUGUUAUGUUGGUUUGUUGGAAUGAAGAUCCAAAUCGAAGACCAACUUUCCAUGAGCUAAUCGAUAUGAUGCAAGAUGUUGUUUCACAACUUCGAAACGGUGCUCCUGGAAAUAGUUUGCUAACAAAUCACUACGAACGUGUCUCACCCAGAUCUGCAGCUACAACACCGAUUGCAUAUCCCAAACCGAUUGCGGCUCCAGUCACCACUGCUUUAUAA